AGCAAACGUAGAGCUAAGCUGGUGAAAAAAACAUUGGCCUCUCCGCCAGAGGAUUCUUCUAAAACUAUUGAUUUUAAAUAAGAAUCAGCAACAAGUUUUCUCAGAAAAAGACAGAGGGUGUCUUAACUGAGCUGAGUCGUCGAAAUGUGGGGCACUUCCUGAUUCCUAAGUCAAGAAUUCCCUGCGAGUGGGUAACUACCAACAUAAACCAGCCUGAUUUGGAAAUGGUGCACCACAUUUAACAACAAACAAGGAAGCGUAUUUUUUGCACAAUUGCUAAGGAAAGAAAAAAAUGAAUCAAGAGGAGGUAUCUGACGGCACAGGCCUGAGGGAUGUCUAUGACAUACUGGUCAGCGUCUCACCGGAGCAAGUGUUGAGCCUGACAUUUCAGCUUGGGGAUUCUCCAGAAGAGGAUAUCGUACAUGCCUUAUGUUUGAUUGUUCUUCGUAAAGAAGAAGCUCUGGACAAACUCUGCCUGCUGGAGAACCACAACCUCGCCAAGCAUGUGGCUGAUCUAUGGAAGAAGAGCCAGGAUAGAUUAGAAGACUUUGCGGAGCUCUGUGGUGAAUCCAGCAACUUAACGAGAGAAUCUUUGGCUGCGUUGGCUCGUGUUUUUAAAAUUCUGUCCGAGCACAGACUGUGCGAUCCGCUGUUAAGGAAUCUGGCCUACAAGAGGGCUCUUUCCAGUGAAGGUGAGGAUCUGUUACAUGAUCAGCUCAGAGAGGAAGCUAAAGAUGUGUGUGGGCCUGAGCUUGCUGUGUGGCUGUGCUCCUCCAGAGACCUCGGAUCAGGCUCUUAUCAUGAUGCCCCCAACAGCCUGGAUGAAGAGGUUACAAACCAGGCCCAAGACUUUGCCAGCUCAGUGCAGACAAGCUGUUCUGAGCUUUCAUUUCCCACUCAUCUAGAAAUCAGCCUGCCCCGGACGGUCCCGUACGAAGAGGCCAAAAUGACCCCAGGAAACCCUGAACAAAGCCUUACUACGCCUACCGUGAGCAACAACAACUCUACUGAGCAAUCUCACCUCUCAUCUGUGUGGUCACAGCCAAGGAGCAGUGAACCACCUGUCCAUGAAGACUCAAAGAUGGAUGUGGCAUCUGAAAGGGAGCACAGAAAGGAUGAGGAUUUCAAUAAGAAAGAACCUCCGAACCAAAGAACCACACCGACCACUUCUGCAACAAGCAACAUUCAACCAAAGAGUGCACAAGAGGAGGAUGAGGAGGCCAUAUUUUACUCAUUUGUCAUCUUACAUGCUCCAGAAGAUGCUGAAGUAGCAGAGCUCUUGAAGUUGAACCUAGAGACUAUGAUCGGUCAAAAGGGUGCAACUUUCUCUGAGGACUUUGCCAUACCUGGAAAGAGCACCCUAAAGUGUGUAGAGGAUGCGAUCAACAACUCUGCAUUCACUCUGCUGCUGCUCACUCAAAACUUCAACACACGCAUGUUGGAGGUGAAGACCCACACGGCCCUGACACACUCCAUUAACAAUGUACACAAGUACAAUACAGUCAUACCUUUGAUACCAAAGGAAAACCAAAUGCCCAGACAUAGAUGGUCUGCGGUGCUACAGAAUUUGGUUCCCCUUGAGGAGAGCAAAUGCUCUGAGAAAAAAAUGAAAAAGAUUUUUUCAUCAGCAAAAAUCAAUAAACAGAAAAUAAUUUGGUCAGGAGAGCAGAGAACACAGAGGCAGGAAGCAGCACAUAUGUUUGGAAAACUCAACAUCCACGACAACUCAGUGGGCUUUCCCAGUGUGUAUUCAAAUACUCAUAUUGAUCAUAGUCGCUGUAUUAUCAUUGGUAACAACAAUCAAAUGACAGUGGAUUGCUGUGGGUGUGAAGCAAAUGACAUUUCAACUGUUAAAGAAGCGAGGAAAUAAAUGCUAAUUGGUAUACAACUUAUUUCAGAAAUAUUAUUUUUCUUUUUAUACACUAAAAGGACUGCAUUAUCACCAUGGUGUGUUUAUAUGUAUAUCGAGACUGUCACUAGGUGAAUGUUUAGCCGGACACUGCCAUCUAUUGGCCAAUGUGUGGUUACAUGUUUCUUCAUGUUCCUGCAGAAACAUGUCACAAACACUAGGGGGUGUAGCAGUUCUUCUGUAUGCCUUCUUUUUAAUCUACUCUUGAUUAUAAAAUAAUGUAUUAAUUUAUUUCAGAUCCAAUUUAACAAGGGUUCAUUCAUUAUUUAACAAGGGUUCAUUCAUUAAGAGAUGAGUACACAUGGUUGACAUGUGUUACAAGGUGCAUUUUAUUCAGUUAAAUAAACAAGAACAAUGAAAAGCUCUGU